CGUUUGUUAGUCAGUGUUUCGACAUCAUCAAUGAAAACGAUACUUAUACUGCUAGCCCUUUUGGGGCUCACAAAAGCUAGACCGCAGUUCCAGAGGCAGCAACAGUUUCAACAAUUUAGGCAAAUAGUGCAAGCUCCUCUAACUUACAUCUUGAGAUAUGAUGCCAAUUUGGGAUUACCAACUGGAUUUUCAUACGCGGUUCAAACCAGCGACGGAUUCAACAACGCAGUGAUUGGUGAAGUUAAAAACCAAGACACCCAAGAAGAAUCGCUAGCAGUAGAAGGACAGUAUUCCUACGUUGGAGAUGAUGGUAAAACAUAUACAGUUUACUAUAAAGCAGACGAGAACGGGUUCCAACCUUCUGGGGAACACAUUCCACCUGCAGCUAACACUUCGAGGAAGUUAGGAAUUCCUUCAGCAGCCCUUGCUUCGUUAGCUGGUGGUGGAUUAGGCUAAAUUUACUAUUUAAGUUUUAUUGAAAUAGUAAUAACAGAUUCAGUAAUUCGAACUUUUGGAAAAUACUUUUAGCUGUUUAAUUACUGAUUUCAGAGAAGAAAUUUAGUACAAUUAGGCAAAAUCUACCAAAUUCACUGCCAACUUUACUGUUAUUAUGCGAUGUAAAUAAACAUGUAUUUUAAGAA